UUUAAGUGCAUCUAAAACGCGUCGAUGCUUUUGUUCACGCAGUACAUAUGCACAUCAUUCAUUCAGAAUUUAAACUAAUACCACAUUUAUCCCUCUACAUCUACUCAAAUGCGCGACAUGAUCGAAUCUUUCCUUUUCACAUUUUAGGGAAAUGCAUUUAAGGCCCAAUGGCAAAGUGGAAGGAGCUUGGAGAGGUGCCAGAUUCGGAUGACGAAAGCGGCUUCGAUAGUAGCCAAGAAGAAUCUCAACAUGAAGAUCUCCCAAGGCAGCUAAUCGACGAUGAUAUCGAAGAUGCAGUCACCACAGAAGAAUCAACGAUCCAGAACAAAACUAUUUGGGAUAUACCCUUAUCAUCUCAAACCUCCGGAAGAGAACCCGACAUAAAUCAGAGUUCGGCUCAACAACCACUGCCGCUGUUAUCCGAUGCGCCCGUUACACCAGAAACUGUUCAGCCACCUCCCGAUUCAUCCCCUCUUUCGUCGCCAAUACUUGAUCCCAUUGACCUCCCUACCGAUAUUCCAGAUAUCCAAGAAAUACCGACGAAAAUCGCUGCAACAAGCGGCGCAGAAUUAAUUCAAUCCGAACCACGAGAUGUUUUUCCUCCUGUUUCACCAGCACGGUUCACCAGCACGGUUUUCGAAGUGGGGGAUAUCUUCGACGAUGAUGAUGACGAUGCUACACCGCGGGCGAGCCGACUUGGACGUUCAUUGAGGCCGCGAAAACCGAUUCAAGAACACCCAUACCUACUAGAAAGCGCCCAAUAUUCCAAAACCCUCAAAUCCCACGGUGUACGACCUUUGCGUGUACAAAUUGAAGAAGCAGCACGGAGGAGACAAGAAGAAGAUUCGCAGGAGCAAGAUUAUGAAGAAGAGAGCCAAUCAACCACACAAGGAAUUGUUCACGAAGAUUCGGGAGAGAGCCAGGGAAUUCAGCGUCUUGGUUUACUCAAUGAUACUGACGACGAAGAUCCAUUAGCGAGAGAUCCCUCUCCACCUCCUGAGCCUAGAGAGGCUUCAUCCAACAUCUUGCCAAGCAGCUCACAAAUUGACGAAGAUGAAUUCCCUGACCCAGCCGAUAUACAUAAAUGGAAAUUUGGGAAGCGUUCAACCACCGCUACCAAAAGGCAGGCUUCGCCCAAGGCUUCCAAGAAACAAAAAAUUCCGAGGUUACACCAACCCGUUAGAUUUGCGAGAGAAGCGUCGCCGGCGGUUAACCCCGACAGCAUCUUUGAUAGCAUCUUCGAUAUCCCUCCAUCCCCUCCUCAAACUAGCCCUAACUUUCUCGAUAUUACACCUGUUCCUGCCAUCACACGUUCUAAUCCUAUCACUACACUCACACCAAAACCAAGCAGUACUGUAUCGUCACGAGUCCAAAGCCCUGCUCCGGCGAAUCGAAAUACCAAUAUGGUCGACCUCACUAUGGCUGACGAUGAGACCGGUAGUGAACAAGGCGCAGGCUCAAGUAGUGAAUCCGAGGGCGAUGCUGAAAAACUACGGGCGUCUAUGAGGAGAAGGAUGCGGGGCGUAUUGCCAGCAUCAUGGCUCCGGCUUGAUCAACACGGUGCUCGCCAGAAAAAUGCUAAGCCUGUUCCUCAACGGAGCCCGGAACGUUCUCCGGAACGGACUCAGAGGAAAGGAGUAGCCCAACGCCGACAAAUAUCGCCUAAACCUAGCCGAGAUGCUGCCCUGUUCUUAGACGAUUCGGAUGACGAUAUGACUUUACGAGUUGACGACUUUAAUGAGCUUGAUAACAGCGAUGGAAAUUUCCCUAUUUUUGAAGACGACGCUGGUUCUGUCGUCGAAGAUGACCAGAUCGAUUAUAUGCUUCCCGGGAACAAGAGAGCUAGCACAGACACGGAUGGAAUAGGACGACCCAAAAAACGAAGAAAAAGUCAACAGACGACAUUCAAAGGUCAACCGGGGCAGCCUAAGCGGCAACAGAGGAUAACUGGACUUCUUAACAGGACCAAGAGCACAACUUCCCAAUCAAGUGUUAAAAGACGUGCGAAGAGUAGCGUUGCUGGAGGACGCCGAGCGAAGGACCUUGAUAGAAUACCGGCUGCAUCCACGCCGCCUCGACUUAGUAUCGUGGAUGUUAUCGAGCCAAAUGCGCCUCCUUUUCUUCGUAUAGCUGCUCGGGCGGCAAAUAAAAGGCGUGACCAGGGCCGGUCAAGUCCUUCGAGGAAGCACAUUGCGUUAGGGACGCGUAAAGACAACAUCGAUGCUGCCGGUGUCCUUAGAGAUUGGAAAAAGGGCCGUAUCCAACCAAGAAUUUCUUCUAAACCCCCAUCCAAAACUCAAACAGAGUUACCACAACCCCUUCGUUCUCUAUCGCAUAAUUCCGUCGUCCAACCUAUCACCACAAACUCGAAGUCACGACCUCGUCAAAGUAUGCCUCAAAGUCGUUUCUUACAGUCUCGGCGAAUGGUAAAACAGGCAAGCAUCGAUGAUUUUGUGUCUCUUGAAACUGAAGUUCCAUCUACACGCGACCAAGAAGAUUCCGCGAUUCACUUACCUAAGCGCUCUCAAAUUGGACGGACGAAAUCUUACAAUGCGACUUCUAGGCCUGCACAGUUGGAAAUGACUGGUGAAAAGGUCGGGCGACACGCCUUUGAUGCACGAAAAAGAGCUCUCGAUGCAUUGUAUCGAAAAUCGCGUAGGGUGUUACCCGCUCCAGCAAGUAUGGGGCUUGAACGGCUUGUAGAGGAACAAGUACGCGUUGAAAAGCCUAGUGAAGACCUAUCAUCAAAUGAUCGGCAUGGAUCCGUUGAACCGGCGCCAAUUCGAAGACGAUUGACAUCCCGAAAAAAAAUCCGGCCUCAACAUUUGGAUACCACUGCUCCUCAGUAUACACAUGCCAAUGACCCUCUACCACGCGAAGAGAGCCCCCCAACUAUUAUUGUUGAAGUGACGCAAAAUCCAGAGUCGGCGGGCAAAUUGUUAGGACUUGGCCCAUUUGGCACUCAUUAUACUCAACACUUUGAGGUAUUCCCACUAGACAUUGGUGUUUUCUUCCACGAAAGCACCCUGCUUGGAAGCGGCCGGCUAGCCAGAGCGCUAGAUGAGAAAUCCCAAGAUGUGCUACGUCGCCCACGAGGUCGCGACACGUUCGUUCUUGACGAGAAAACGCUCCGGUGGGGUCAGUGGGAUGAGCAAACCUCGUCAGAGUUGGGCAUUGUUUUUGACUGGAUUGCGGACUAUCUUUAUGCAGAUUCUCCCGAUUCCGUCGACAACAGCAGUAAUAACCCAAUACAGGCCGCAGACUUUGUAUUGAAUUAUCUGCAGGACCACGUGAGCUUUCAAAGUGAAGAAAGCGAGAAACACUUCGCGGGUCGAACUUUGGAGAUCCUUCAAAGCUUUGCGCAACGUCUGGAGACACUGCCCCACCAAUCUCAAGGUGGAUCGAGGGCUUUUGUUGAUGUCUUAGGCCGCACCCUAGUCAUCUCACUUCAGAUCUUGUGCAUUUGUCGUAAUCUCUACCAGCUAUCGGAAACAUUUCAGCUCGAAGAAGUGUUGAAGAAAAUAGCUAAGAGAACAGCUCGUGAGCUACUUGAAACAGAACUUGUAGAGAUCCGAAGUCUUUAUUAUGAUCUCCAACGCAUGUCCUUCCGCGAAAAAGGCAUUCGCAAUGAGCAUUACUCGAUGAUCUGCUGGGUCAUACUCAUUCGAGUUCUAGAGGAAUCGCGUAUCCCUCGAUCCGGAUUUUGGGACGUGGUGUCUUCCGUCAUGUUGAAAACAGACAUAAAUUCUAUCAACGAUGCACACACUUUCGAGCGAACUUGGUACGAUCUAUUUACUUUACUCCCACUGGGUGAGUUUGACAGCACCGGUGUUGUUAUUCCGGGUAUCAGACAUACCACUCCGUUGGAAGGUUGGGUCUUACCGCAAAAGCUACUUAGACGCGUUUUCCAGCUUUAUGAAAGCAAUUCGCGACAAGGGCCAAGUUUCAAUGACUACUGCCGGGGUGUUGUUAGUCGUUGUCAUUACCUUGUGGAACAGUGGGGGUGGCGGAAAUCCAAUGCCAUAAUAGGGACUAUUUUCGACUUCUUUGCUGCUCGAGGCCUAUCUCAUUUACGAAAUGAAGAGGUUUACAAAUCACCAGAUUUCUUAGAGCAUCUUGCGGAGUCCCCUUCCCUAUCCAUCACACCGGAAGAUAAAUGCUUUCAUAUCUUCUUAAAACUCUUGACUUUGUCCAUUCAGCGCCUGGAGAAAUAUGGCUUGACCAAGGACACUAGAAAUCUGGUGGCUAGGGUACUACCUAACCACAACCGGCAAUAUGAUAAGGAGAAAGAUAUUCACGAAAGUGAUUUAGCAGCUUUGCGAAAUCAUUACGAUCUUCUAUGCGCGCUUUUCUGGGUUGCGCCAGCGAAUCUACGGCCUUCAGUGCAGACUAUUGAAAAACUGAUAGUACCAGGUAGUUCUCACAAAGAGGCUUGUUUAAUGAGCUUGCGAGCCUGGAGUCAAUUGUCACGAUUCGUAAUAUCAUCAGACGAAGACAAUGCCACAUACAAACCCUUUGCUGAUUGGCAAAAGAACAUAUUCCAACAGGCGAUGGAACAAUACAUAUCAGCCGAGUCGGAUAUUCAACAGCAACUGUCUGCAAUGUCCAAGGAUGCGUCCAGGAGCAUCAGUCGAGAUAUGGUGAACGCUGUUGUGAAAUUGAACAGGAAAAGCGCAAUGGAUGUGAUACACUUUUCCAUGAAGGGUUUCCUGAGCGUUAUUCGACUUGCCCCAACGCUUAGCGCUGUGUCAUUUGCCUUGAACCAUUACCAAUUGGAUCAAGUGUUUACACGAUUUCCUUUCUCGUCCGCAGAUUUCGACUGGAGUAGCUUGCGGGCUGCUUUGGAUAUCGCUGAUCAUUAUGUCACCCGGAUUGAGAAUUUCUUAAAACAGGGUCCAGCGAACGCCGAUCACUCCUGGCAUGGAGAGGAUGCGAUUAUGCUCCUCGAACGUAAGAUGGCAAUCCCUUUCUUCUCCAUGACACGUGGUGUCAUUGGGGUGGAAUUCAAGGACAGUGCGCUUGGCCCUACGAGUGACCGUUCUAUAUGUAUGGAACAAGCCAUAUUGCUUGCGGGACGACAGGCAGCACGGUUAAUCCAUGCCCGAUUAUUGCGUGUUUCUCAAUUCUUUGUAACCGGAAGAUACAAUAUAUUUCAAGAUAUGCUAAAAGGGGUCACUUCACCUUCGCGGAAGUACCGUGCUUUGUUCUUCGCCAUGCUGAUUGAGCAGGGCGUGGACGAUUUCAAGGACUUGUAUGGGACAAUACUUGAACUAUUUUUGAUAGAAAUUGUCAAGCCUCUGAGCUUCGUUGCUUACGAAAAUCGGCUCGCCCUAGCGAUUAAACGACACGGUAACCCCUAUUUAAGGGAUGCAGUCGUAGAAAUCGGCAACAGCCCUGACUACAAUUCAAACAGGGAUUUGUUCAGCCAUACGGUCUCUGUAAUGCGCAAGACGUUGCGGUUUUCGGAGUUAAGUCAGAAGCAGCAACUACAAUCGGAGUUCUCGAAAGCUUUGAAAAGUGUAAUGGAUCAGAUGAAGCUUGAUCUGAAGUCUGUCACACUAGAUUCCCGCGAACACGCAGAUCACAUCGAAUUCGUCCGAUCAACUGUCACCAUGAUCAGGUCGCAAGAUAUCUGUCCAGUCGACUCGUAUUUCUAUCAGAUCAGUCGAGAAUAUUCCCCUUCUAGUCAAGAUCCACGCCUGCAGAUAGCAGGUAUCCUAUCAUGGGGGCUCAAACUCGAAGAAGGUGAUACCAAAGCAGUAUCCGGGCUCUUCUAUCUGCUGUUUCCUAAUUUUAAGCUUGCACUUGCAAAUGGUAAACUCGCGGAAGAACGUGCCAUCAUCCAACAAGGAAUGAAGAACCCUCAUGUUUUCUCUUUCAUGCUAAGCAGAAUGUUCCCUGCAAUCAUCCACGCCGCACUUCGGUCCCCCAAGGGAUGGAUACUAUUAGAUACUUACGUCGACGCUUUCGAUGCGUGGCUCUCAACUCCCGCUAUCCACAGAGUCAUUGGAAAAGAGGAUGUUGCUGGGACUUUGAUGCUUUUAGAAUCUGUUUUGGCCGGCAUUGACCACCUUCAAAACCUUGACAUCGCUGACCUACAAUCCGAGCACGUCUAUAUCCUGAUUCAAAUCACACGUCUUCUUAAUCUGCUUUCGCCGUCAUUCACAGCCUACUUGUUCAAGGACCCAAAUUCUCAGUUGGCAAUCGACAUUACGGAAGGGAUCGACUCAUUUACGGACUUUACGAGACAGGCCGGUGGCUAUCUAUCCACUCUUCUCAAACGACCAGGUCGCAAGGCUAGCUCAGAUUUAGGGGAUACAAUCACGAUAGACCCGAUUAGGCUAUUCGGGGGACUGCAGAGGCUUGGUAUGACUCUGUCGGAAAACAACGAACACGUCGACAGAUUUUCAAACCAUAUCAUCCGGGACAUUAAUGAUAAUUGGGUUUCGGAUGCUUCAAGUAUCAGUGUUAGAGGUCCCUCCAGAGCGCAAGGCCAGCACUCAACCCAAUCCGGACAAGGGACUCCACUUCCAAAGUGGAGCGAGAGGAAGCUCGUCGAAAAUCUUAAUGCGCAGCUUCGGGAAUGGAAUUAUACCAAUGAUUUAAAGGAAACGAAGAUGACUUCCAAGUCAGGGGGUUUAUCACUCUAUGAGUUUUUGCUUUAGUACAUGGUCGCAUUCAGCGUGGAGUUCAGGGGGUGGUAUCGGGUAGUGUUAAAAGGACUUUGGAUCCAACUUCAUACUCGCGUAUGCAAUACCCAUUACUAUAUUUUUAGAAAGCAAAAUGAAUUAAACCUGAUAAGGGGAAUACUGAAAUGCCCAGUGAAGACUUGAACCGAUACUUCCCAUAUAUAUGGAAUAUUACAUAAUCAACAUGCCC